GUUUGAAGGGAAACGGCGGCAGCUAAACUUGGUGGUACUGUGCGAGGACAUCUGGCAACAUACGAUUCAUCAAUGAAAGUUUUGUCGGAUACAUGGAGCUAUUAUACCAUGAGGACAUCCCUAUCGAUCUAAUAACAGAGCAACUUAUUGGAUGUAAAUGUGAAAAUAUCUGCCGCCUAGAAGACAAUUGUACUUGUUUAUCGAAAUCUGGAAUGUCAUAUGAUAUGAAUGGUUUACUGACUAAUUUUAUGAAUCCAAUUUUUGAAUGCAACAGUGAAUGUGUUUGUAGUCAAUCAUGCACUAAUCGAGUCGUCCAAAGAUAUUUAAACGAUGCUGAGUUUACAUUUGAGUCUGAGUACCAUACGAAAACUUAUGUAACUAAUCAUCCGGUUAUGGGUAGAGGUUUAAAAGCAGCUUGUGAAAUCCAACGUGGGGAACUCGUUUGUGUUUAUUUGGGUGAAGUAAUUCCAUAUAAAGAAGCUUGCCUAAGAGAAGCCCUUCAACUUUCAUGUUAUGGUCGCAAUUUUAUCAUGAUAAUGCGUGAGUAUAGUGACGAUCAUCUUGUGUCAGAGACAUGUGUUGACGGGAAUUCCGAAUCGUGGGGUUCAGUGAAGUCGAAAGCACGCCUAAUUAACCAUUCUUGUACACCUAAUCUAACAGUAGUUCCUGUUCGAGUUGAUAGUUUCAUUCCCUAUUUAGCAUUAUUUGCUAACAAAGUUAUCUUUGAAGGUACACAACUGUCAUAUGAUUAUGCUCAGUCUGUGCCCAGCGACAAAAUACGAUUAUCCAACACGCUUUGUUUAUGCAGCUCGGACUCCUGUCGAGUAUACAUGCCUGGAGUAUAAGUAUAGUUCAUUUAGAAGAAAUCGAAGUGUCUCAAAUCAUUUCAAAAGCAUGCAGUUGUCAAAAAUAUCUUGGUGGUUAUUGAAUAUAUUGUGAGUUAGUACGUGGAUAUUUAUGCAUAAAGUCAUCGUUCGCUUGAUUGUACGAAUUAGCUUUGAUCAUCGGACUUGCGGAAUAAUACUUUUGUUAUUCAAGGCUACCUGUUCACAAAAUCAUGAUAUUAAUAUAGAUGGAUCGUGUGUUUUUCUUGUUAGGAUUGGAUAAAACUCGAUAUAAUACUGUAAUUCAAUGGUAUUUGUACAGAAUAACAUUCUUUUGUACUAAUUUAGUAUGAUAUUCUUUCA